ACUCAAAAAAUGUGCAUUAGUACGUCUGUGAGUGGCAAGUAGUGAAGAUGUCAAACUCAACGAUGGAGCAACUACCAGAAGUGUUUGUGGACCUUUAUUCGCUCAACGCGGCAUUGCUCAUAUUCAAAAUGCUAUUUGUCGCAGCUUCCACGGGCUUACUCAGACUAAAAAAGAAGAUUUCUCCAAAUCCUGAGGACGCCAGGUUCAUGGGCCAGGAUGCUCCUGCAAGUGACGACGAGGAUAUCGCCAGGGUCAGAAGGGCGCACCUGAACGACCUGGAGAACAUCCCAGCCUUCUUGUUCAUCAGCUACUUAUACCUGGCGAGUGGACCUGACGAAGGUUGGGCCACGGCUCUCAUGUGGACCUUCACGGUGGCCAGAUUCGCACACACGCUUGUCUACGCGUACUACCCUGUGCCGCAGCCGUCACGUGCCAUCGCCUUCUUCGUCGGUCUUUUCAUCUGCCUCUUCAUGACUGGAUACGUUUUCAUUAAACAUCUAUGACAAUGGAAUCCCAAUCCAUUGUCACCAAAGCUUACAUUGUAUUUUCCAGUAUAUAUUUAAUAAAUAUUUGUG